AUGCCUGCAGUAAAACAACCAAUCCGGAUCGGGGGCUGCUCCGGUGGCUUCUCAGAUCGCCAAAGAUCCAUACAUGAUCUAGCAAAGAGUGGCGCUGUGGACUGCAUCAUUGGAGACUGGCUCUCGGAGUGUACAAUGACACUACACGGCGCCGAGAAGCAAAGGAACGAGCAGCUCAAGAGAGAGGGAAAGCUGACAGAAGCAGCGCAGGGCCUCUUUGACCCAACCUUUCUCGACAAUCUUUCGCCAGCCCUUCCUUACUGUCAGCAGUUUGGUAUCAAGGUCGCUGUGAAUGCGGGAGCCAGCGACACGGAGCUUCUAGCUCAGCUAGUCGACCAGGAGGUCAAGAAACAGGGCCUCGGUCUAAAGGUUGCUUGGGUUGCCGGAGAUGAGGUGACAGACACGGUGAAGAAACUGUAUGCCGAAGGGGAGGUCUUCCCUAGUCUGAUGAAUGGCAAGCCUCUCAAGGAGUGGGGUCAUGACAUUGUUGCCGCUCAAUGCUAUAUGGGCGGAUCUGGUGUCGCCGAGGCCCUCAAGCGAGGUGCCGAUAUUGUGAUUGCAGGCCGCGUUGCCGACGCGGCUCCCACCAUUGGUGCUGCAAUGUGGUGGCAUGGCUGGGAUAGAGAGACAGAUAUCGAUCAGAUUGCAGGCUCCCUGGUGUGCGGACACUUGAUCGAGUGCUCUGCUUAUGUCACGGGUGGCUACUAUUCGGGCUUCAAGAGCCUCAUGGAGGGAUGCGAGAACCUCGGCUUUCCCAUUGCCGAGAUACAUGCCGAUGGCAGCUGUAUACUUACCAAGGAGGCCAAUACCGGCGGAGAGAUAUCCGUUGGCACCGUUUCGUCGCAACUUCUCUAUGAGAUCCAGGGACCGCUCUACUACGGCUCCGAUGUUACGGCAAACCUGGAAGGUGUUGUGAUGAAACAGCUUGGAAAGGAUAGAGUCUUGGUGAGUGGAGUGAAAGGUCUGCCAGCUCCAGCAACUACCAAGGUUGGCAUCACAGCUUGGGGAGGCUAUCAGGCCGAGUUCCAUGUCUACAUCUGCGGUCUGGACCUUGAGGCCAAGGCAGAAUGGACAGAACGCCAGAUUCGUUACUCGAUCGGCGAUGCCAUCAAGGAUCUCACCUGUCUGGAGUUUCAGUUGCUAGGAUACUGCCCAGAAAACCCCAAGAACCAAGACGUAGCCAGCGUCGACUUGCGCGUCUUUGUUCAAACCAAGAGAAAGGAAUUGGUUGACAAGUUCACACUCGAUGUCCCCGGAUUCAACAGGUGGUGCAUGGAGAACUUUCUACAAAGCUGCCCCGGUGCUACACUGGGAAAUGACCAGAGACAGUCCCAGGGCAGGGAGUUUUAUGAAUACUUUGUCACCUUGAUUCCUCAGUCAAUCCUCAAACACCAGGCCAUCUUGAUGUGGUCCGGAGAGAUCAUCGACAUUCCAGUGCAGGAUAAUGUCAGAUCAGACUAUCCGAGGGAUCAGAAGAGCUACGAGACCCCGGAUCCGGUGGCUCUCUCCAGUUUCGGACCAACCACCCGCGGGCCGCUUGGCUGGAUUGUCGGGGGGAGAUCAGGAGACAAGGCGAGCGAUGCCAACGUGGGUUUUUACGUUCGCCACGACGAUGAGUGGGACUGGCUCAGAAGCAUCCUUACCAUGGAUAAGAUAGCACAGCUCCUCGACGGCACGAAUAGGGGGGCAAAGAUUGAGCGAUUUGAAAUUCCUGGCAUUCGGGCAGUUCACUUUCUGUUGAGGGACCAUAUUGACCGUGGAUUCAACUCUACUUCCGACAUGGAUACCCUCGGCAAGAAUCUCUGUGAAUACUUGAGGGCGAAACAUAUCGAUAUUCCAAAUAAAUUCCUCGCAAGAGGGCGGUUCUAG